CUCUCGUGUUCGUUGUUUGUGCUGAAUAUUAUAAUUUUUUUUUUCAAAAACGUUUAUAACCCCAUUUCGUCGUGUCAUAUUAUAAGCCGGCGAUGUGACCGGCAUUAAAAAGUGUCGCGUAUUGUAAAAUUUUUGGACACAACUGUCCAUUGAUUCAAGUCAGCAGAAUUUCUCUCAUUCUUUUUUGCAUGUGAAACAAGUUUUUAAAGACAGGUGCACAACUUUACCUUCGCAGUGUCAAAGGCACACACGAGUUUCUUUCUUAUGUGAAAAGUGAAACUUCUGCGAGGAGAUUUAAAAUUUAAAAACCACUCAUUCACCGGUGGAGUGAAAUUCAAUGGUUUUUUGACAAAAAAGAAAAAAAAGUUCUACUUCUGAAAUAAGAAAGUGGGAGAAAACAUUUUUCCCGUAUUUGCAAUGAAAGUCUUUGUGACAAUUUAAAUGGAAGGUGGAUUUAAUCAUUCUUUGCCGCCAAAAGAUAACAAUAAUCGUUCUAACCUCAAAAAUUCGGAGUACGUGAAAUGUUUUUCUUUUGGCGCGAUAACACACGGGUAAUGUUAUGACUGAGUGUGAUGAAGUUUAGUGAUUUAGUAUAACGAAGGGGUGCCAACAGGAAAUAAGUGUGGGGGAGUGAUUAAAAAUUAUUUCAAGUGGAGAUUUAUUCGUCUUCUAUCAGGAUUAAGAGAAAAAAAGUGAUUUUUUUUUUUGCGAGAAAAAAGAAACAAGUGGGAUUUAAGGGAAAUGUCACGAAAAUUGAAGGAAGAAACGGUGACGGGUUAUGUCAUUGGCUGGAAACUGGACCGUGGAGCUUGUUGAUUUUUUUUGUUCAAUAACACACAGAUGACGUGUGUCAACAUCUGAGAGAAAUUUUUAGGAAACGUGUCGAACCCGAGAGAGGAAGAAGGAUAACCUCUCUCUUUCAUCUCCACUGCUAAGCGGAAGUCAUAUGCUCAUACACGCACGUAAAACGCGUGCAGUUUGCGAAGAAAUCGAAAUGGUGGAGCUAAGUAGCAGUGGUCAGCAAACAGCUGUAGGCGUAAUGGGAGUUGGAUCGGUGAUAUCAGCAGCGACAUCGUCGUCCUCAUCGUCGACGACAACAACUGUCGCCUCAUCGUCGACAUCGGGUCGUGCGGGCAUUCUCGAGACUCAAGUCAGGGGACAAUGGUAUCGUGUAUUUGUCUCUCUCGAGGAUGAUUAUUUAACGAUUUCCCUCGACGAUAGCUGUGACAAUCCAACUGGAAUGAAUGGCAAUAUAAAUAAUAACAAUAUUGACAGUCUAAACGAUCCCGAUGUACCGGACUCGGUGGCCAAUCAAACAAGAAUAGUGCGCGUUAUGAAAAGUGAUAAUAAUGGUCUUGGAAUAUCCAUUAAGGGUGGAAAGGAAAACAAAAUGCCCAUUCUCAUAUCGAAGAUAUUCAAGGGAAUGGCAGCGGACGCCACGGAACAACUCUACGUUGGCGAUGCCAUUUUGGCAGUGAAUGGAGAAAAUUUACAGGACGCAACACAUGAUGAGGCUGUCAAGGCGUUGAAGCGGGCUGGCAAGGUCGUCGAACUUGAAGGUGAGUCUAACAACACUUCUUGAUGAGUUUCUUUUGUGAGUAAAUAUAUAUUGAAAC